CAAGUUCCUCCAGUUAUCAAUUAAGGUUAAUGCAUGCAUAACGUCCUCCGGCAACAAGACGGGGAGGGAGGACUCCCAACUACCAGCUUUCUUCCACCUCCCCAUCCACGCGAAACCCUUGGCAGCCUCCUCCCGCGGCGUUGGAGAAACCCCAAACCCGAGCUCCCUCGAUCUGAGAUUUCUCACCCCAUCCCCGUCAAGCGACUGCCGGAACCCUCGAAUCGGAGCCCUGCGCCGCGCUCAUCCGGCGAUGAUCCACCGGAAUCGCCUGCAUUCACGCCCUCGCGCUUGCCCUAGAGUAAUUGUCGCAGAUCGAGUCUCGCAUUGUUGAAUCUGAGGGAUUCGGUGUCGAGAUCUUGCCCGAUGGCAACGAGGAAUCGGACUCCGGUGUACCGGAAGUAUCGGGACGCCCUUCGGAGCGUACGGGUGCCGGCGGUCUCUCCUAUUCGGGCUUAUGCCGGCCCCUCGUCGUCUUCGGCCGGUGGCCCGGUGAUCGAAUUGGUGAGUACUUCGCUUCUUCAUCCGGAUCGGGCUUAUACUCCUCUCAGCACGGAAGACCCCGGCAAUUCCAGUAAAGGCCAACUUACAGUUGGUUUGCCUCCAGCUUGGGUGGAUGUUUCUGAAGAAAUAUCGGCAAAUAUACAACGUGCUCAGACAAAAAUGUCAGAGUUAGUCAAGGCUCAUGCCAAGGCUUUAAUGCCUUCUUUUGGAGAUGGAAAAGAGGAGCAACAUGCAAUUGAAGUUCUUACUCAAGAGAUCACUAAUUUGUUGAAGAGAUCAGAGAAGAGAUUAAAGAAACUUUCCUCCAAUGCUCCUUCUGAAGAUUCAAAUAUUCGGAAAAAUGUUCAGAGAUCACUUGCGACUAAUCUUCAGAACCUCUCCAUGGAGUUCCGUAAAAAGCAGUCUACUUAUUUGAAGCAUCUCCGACAGCAAAAGGAGGGUCAAGAUGGUUUGGAUUUAGAGAUGAAUAUCAAUGGAACUAGGUCUAAAUCAGAAGAUGAUGACUUUGUUGAUGUGGGAUUUAAUGAUCGUCAGAUGUCUCAACUGAGAAAAAGUGAGGCAUUCACAAGAGAGAGGGAGAGAGAGAUUGAACAGAUUGUGGAAUCAGUAAAUGAGCUUGCUCAGAUUAUGAAGGAUCUCUCUGUCCUAGUGAUAGAUCAGGGAACUAUCAUUGACCGGAUUGACUAUAAUGUUCAGAAUGUUGCAGCCACGGUGGAAGAGGGCUAUAAACAAUUGCAGAAGGCAGAAAGAACGCAGAGGACAGGGUUUAUGGUGAAGUGUGCAACCAUACUCAUCAUAUUGUGCUUCAUCAUGCUAGUCCUUCUGAUUCUUAAGGAGAUAUUAUUUUGACCCAGAAUGACAGCGAUGCCUGUCUGGAUGGGCCAUCUCCAAUGGAGUUGUCGACGUACCUCCCCCCCAUUAAAGUUUUACAUGGUCAUAUUGAUGCAUUUGCAUGACAAUAUCAGAGCUAUCUUUUGAACCCUGGAGCCGCAGCUGUUGGACCAAGUAGCAUCCAAGUUGAAGGAAGCAGAGUGUGAAGCUCUACCGAGGAAGUACAGCAGGCUUUUGUGCGUCCUUCGACAUGUGGAUUCUAAGUUCGCAGUGACCUCCAUCAAAAUCAAAUUUUCUUUUUAAUUCUUUAUUUUUUGGGGGAAGAAAUACUGAACUCUUUCGGUAUUUCUUGAUUAUACGUUUUUUUUAAAAUAAAAGCACCAUCUUGGCUA